AUGGAGCAUGAAGUGGCUUGCUGGUACAUCCUGGCACCUGGGGCACCAGCGCAUAGGCAAGAACUGAGGACAGAAGGGGUGCGUAAAAGUGCCCGCCUGCCCUCGCCCACCAUUGAAGCAAAAGAAGCGUGUGGAAAGAGCUCCAAGCACAGCUCAAAACUGACUUCCUCUCAAAGAAUCCUCACAACUCUAGUCUGCGAUGAUAUUCCAGGAAGGUUAGUGCAGGUCGAUGCCAGCAACGGGCAGGUGUUUGGAGUGAAUGGAGCUGGCCAGAUUUAUGCCUACCUGGGAACCACCUGGGCACAGUUACCUGGUGCCUUAAUCCACGUUACGGUCGGCCCUGCCGGUGUCUGGGGUGUGAACUCCAACCACAACAUCUACAGGCUGGUGGGGGGAGCCUGGAAACAGACCACAGGGUUGCUCAAACAGAUCGACGCAGGCGGAAGGCAGUUUGUGGCCGGAGUCAACAGGGAUGAUAACAUCUAUUGCCUGCCCAAGUCAUCAACCGUCUCUGCUGACGGCACCUCAGCAUUGCCUUGGGUCAACAUUGAGGGCAAACUGAAGUAUCUCUCCUGUGGGUCGCUGGGGUGCUGGGGGGUGAACUCCAACGACAACAUCUAUUUCCGGCAUGGCGUCACCCCGGAUUCCUGCUCCGGAUCCCGGUGGCAGCAAGUACCCGGUGGGCUUUCCAUGAUCGAAGUUUCGACUGAUGGCGCUGUGUAUGGAGUGAACAGCGCUGGAAACGUCUAUCGCAGGGACGGCGUCACUGUUUCUAAUCCCAUCGGAACCACUUGGACACAGAUCAACAAUAACCAGGAAAGGUUCAAACAUGUCUCCUUUGACCUGGGCUUUCUAUGGCUCCUGACUGCGGAUGGAAGCAUUAAGCGAUGCAAAGAUGUGAGUUGUGAACAAGUGCCGGGCGCAUUAGUGCAGAUCGAUGCCGGCAAAGGGCAGGUGUUUGGCGUGAACCGAGCUGGCCAGAUUUACUCCUACCUUGGAACCACGUGGCAGCAACUGCCGGGCGCCUUAACCCACGUUACAGUCGGCCCUGCCGGGGUCUGGGGUGUGAACUCCGCCAACAAGAUUUACAGACUGAUAGGAGGCACCUGGAAAGAGAUGUCAGGGUUGCUCAAACAGAUCGACGCAGGCAGAAGCCAGUUUGUGGCCGGAGUCAACAGGGACGAUAACAUCUAUUGCCUGCCCACGCCAUCAACCAACUCUGCUGACGGCAACUCAGCAUUGCCUUGGGUCAACAUUGACGGCAAACUGAAGUAUUACUCCUGUGGGCCUCUGGGGUGCUGGGGGGUCAACGCCAAUGACAACAUCUACUUCCGGCAUGGCAUCACCUCGGAUUCCUGCAUCGGAUCCCGGUGGCAGCAAGUAGACGGUGGGCUUUCCAUGAUUGAAGUUGGGACCGAUGGCUCUGUACAUGGAGUGAACAGCCUUGGGCAGAUCUAUCGCAGGGAUGGAAUCACCAGAGACAAUCGCGUCGGAACUUCUUGGACGCUGAUCGAGAAGCAUAUCGGGAGGGCCAAACACGUGUCCUUUGAUCUGAACCUGCUCUGGGUUGUGACCACUGAAGAUAAGAUCUUCAGAUGCUCAGCAUGAAUUGGCCUGAACUGUGUGUGUGAUCUGGUCAACGAGUGGCAGGAACCACAAUCUUGCUACGGGUGCCAAGGAAUUCAAAGUGAUCCACUGGUCCAGGGAUAAAGCUUCCCCUCUUCCCCAUUUGUUCUCCCAUUUCCGCUUUCCUCUCUUCGCCUUUUGUACGGAAGGGAUCGAAGAAAGACUCCUACCGU